AUGACCGCCGUAUCUGCAUACGCGCCGCUCGUUACACUGAGCGAGAAGCAGCAAACUAUUUCAUAUCAAGAGAUUUAUCCGGAACAACGCUCGGAACCUACCUUCGCCAAUCCUAAUGUACAGGAGGCAAUCAUACCACAGCUAGGGCAGGCCACUCAGCGUGCCUUGUUAUUGAAAGCUGCGCGUGAACAGUACACGCUGGUGACCGAUCAUGCCAUUCCAUCAAUAUCGAACAAGGACGAGAUCCUGGUCAAGAUCGUGGCGAUUGGUUUGAACCCGAUCGACUGGAAGGGCCCAGCUUUCAAUUUCGGUAUUCCAAGUCUGCCAUGGGUUAAUGGGCGAGAUUUAGCCGGGGUUGUCGUUAAAGCAGAUAAGUCUUCACGAGUACAAGAGGGUGACAUAGUUCUUGUCCCGUCCACCGAUUAUCGCGAUAUCCGAAAAGCGGCUUUUCAGGAAUAUGCGAUCGCGACUCAUUUCAAUGCUGCGCGCAUUCCACCCACCCAAAGUAUCCAUGCUUCUGCUUCCUUAGGGGUUGCCUUCGUUGCAUCUGCCCUCGCCUUGGGCGUCUCACUUGGAUUGGACUUCUCUCACGCAUCGACAUGCCCGGGACCGGACCUCACAGAGGCAGUUCGCCGAUUAGACGCUGAUACUAUCCCGGUGGAUAUCAGAGAGGAGUGUUAUUCCGGUCUCUCCGAGAUUGAACAAGUCAAACCCGGUGACUGGAUCGCGAUUUGGGGAGCCUCUACUACUACUGGAUACAUCACGUUACAACUUGCGAAGCUUGCUGGAUUGAAGGUAGUCUGCGUGGCAGAUAUUGCCCGUCACGGUGCGAGACUAGUUGAUCUAGGGGCCGAUGCCCUGGUGGACCGACACGAUACCCAGCGCGCCAUCGACAUCAUCAGAGGAUUAACAAAGGGAAAGCUGCGAUAUGCCAUUGACAUCGUCGGUAAAGACACCGCAACGCUACUGCAACAAACGCUCGAUGAUGCCGUCCACGAAGACGGAUCGCACGCUCAUCUUCUGGGCCUCACCGGCCUCCCCAAAGACCGAAGCCCCAAUAUUAUUUACCAUACUGUCCCGAUUAAGUUGUUCCAUACGUCACCACAGGUAGGAGAGCGGAUGGUCUCCUGGCUAGAAGAUUUAUUACAUUCCGGUGCCCUUCAGCUACCGGAGAUUAUUCGCACGGAAGGCGGGUUGGGUAAUGUGAAUGCGUCAUUAGAGCUUCUUCGACAAGGGACCGCUUCAGGGAAGCGUAUUGUUGUUGACCUUGCCGGAUAG